CUCAUAACUCCUGCAGUUCUCAAUAUCGAGCAACAUCCCCUCUCCAUUUCUUGUACUACCUAAUUGUCCAAGAUUUGACUCCCAAUAUUUUAUCAGUUUCCCAAGAUCACAUUCAUCCACUUGUCCAUCAUGGGUAGUUUAUGGGGAGAGACUCACACCCAUUCUGAAUCACUAUACCAUCAGCUAUGGUUGCUCGAUGGCGGAUUCACGCGUGAUUCAUUUGUAUAUUACGGUUCAUGGGAAGAAGACAAUUCUAUCGUGUACCGCAUCACCACCAACACAGCCACCGUCAGCAAGCUUUUUGCCCCGUUCACGCCUAUCAAAGCAAACUACGUCCUUCUCAAGGUCCAACUUCCCUCGCCGGAGACAGCAUACAAUGCACUAAAGGGGAACGCUCCUCAGGGUAUGCUCCCACCGGACGACUUCAAAUCAGCCCUGGGAGACAAGAAUUUUAUGACUGCUAGACCCUGGGCAGGCUUUAAAGGUUCUGAAAUCAGGGAGUUUGUCAGGAACAACGAGUCUAAGAUUCUCAUUGAGAAGAGGGAGUACAACACCAUGAGGGUCUACACUAUUGUUUGGGCACCGAACGGUGAUAGGUGUCGCUUAGAAGGCAUAGAAGAAUUUAUCUGGAAGGUUAUUGGUGGUGAGCUCAACGUCGACAACUGGGCAAACUUUAUGCGCCUUGCGGUCUCUGUCACGGUUGGAGGUCCAAAUUGAGCUUUGGCCUGAACAGAUCGAGGUUUAGAAGAUCGAUAGUAAAGAUAGUAAAUUAAAUCAAAGUUCGAUAACUGGGUAUAAAACUACUGAGCAACGACUUUUCCCCUCAAAUCCUAGCGCCA